CAAAGUUCUCCGAUCUCUUUUUUCCCGCUCCCCUGCGCCAGCGGAGCCCGGGGUGUGCCUUGUGCUGGGGCAGGGACAGCAGGGAGGGCAGCGCCGCCAGAGCCCGCCGCGAACGAGAAGCCAUGUACCGCAGAAGGAUGAGAGGCAUGUAUAUCUCUAAGAGAGCAUUAAGAAAACACUUUGAUCCCCGUGAGUAUCCAAAGGAGACAUACCUACUGUGCGAGCUGGAGUGGCGUGGGGGCAUCAGAUCUUGGAAACACUGGGUCAGAAAUGACGAUGUCAACGAUUGCCAUGCAGAACAGUACUUCCUGGAGGAAAUCUUUGAGCCAAGAUGCUACAAUAUCUGUGACAUGACCUGGUACCUGUCCUAUAGCCCCUGCUGGAAGUGCUGUGAUGUAAUUCGGGAUUUCCUGGAGGAGCAGACCAACGUGAACAUCUACAUACAUGUGGCACGUCUCUACUAUGUAAACCACCCAAACAACUGCAGGGCCCUCAGGGAACUUAACAGCUUGGAGAAUGUGACCAUUGAAGCCAUGGAAGCCGAAGACUAUGAUUACUGUCGGGACACCUUCAUACAGCGAGGUGUCCACUGUGAUUUCUCGCCCACGAGGUUUCAAUCAGAGAUACAGAGGAAUCGUGUAAAGCUCGAAGACAUCCUUCAGGCCUCCUGAAGGGCAGGGGAGAGAAAGCUGUGUUCAGCAAGAGUGCUGAAAGUUUGUGGCCCUGGAGACAAGACACUUUGCUUGGAUGAACAGGUCCACGUCCUUGGCUGCGAAGGACUGUAUUUUAAAAAAAAAUAUAGCGAAACUAAUAUAAGUACUUCAGCAUUUUGAUUUCCAUGCAUUAGAAUUUUCUGACAAAUGCUAUUUUUAGUGAUUGAGAGUGAAAGAAAUCUGUGGCUAUGUGAGUCAUUGGUUGUUUGGGAAAUCCAUUUUAUAUGGCAUAUGUGGAAAAGUAACAUCUUGGGCUAUUACAACUAAUAGCCUGCUUCUGCCAUGUCCAUUUCAAAUCACAGCAGGUUCAAAGUGCAAUUGGAGGACAUAAAUGCCAUACUUCUAUUUCCAUUGCAGGAUCUUCAUUUGUAGAAUCAAAGAAUCACAGAAUAUCUCAAGCUGAAAGGGAGCCAAAAGAUCAUCAAGUCCUUCUCCUCCCAUGACUACCUAAAACUAAACAACAUGACUAAAAUCUUCAUCCAUGUUAUAAACAUUUAUGUAGUAGUUGGUUUUCACUAUAAUUUGUUUAGUUUAAUUAUAAAAUUGUAAUUGUUUUUAGAUAAUUAGUGUAAGUUUCAAAUUGCUUUUAAGUGUGGUAAAAUUUGUAAGUGCUUGUGGGAACAUAAAAGGAGAAAUAAGGCUUUUAACGUAAAAGGCUUUUAAAAGAUGGAAGUGGGCUUGCAAAAGGUGUCUUUUAAGAUAUGAUUAUUAUUGCAAAAUGUAUAUCUAAGAUAGCAUAAGUGAAAAGCAGAAGGCCAUAAAGGAAGAGUUCCAAGCUUAAAAUGGCAUCAGAAGAGCACCCUAGACUGCUGAUGUCUGCGACUAUUGAAUUGUGCAAAUGCUGCAAAAAUCUGAAGCAAGAUUGUCAUCAACCAGCCCGAAAUAAAUCUGCAAAAUCUUCUGAGGAGGUAACACCACUGUAACAGUAUAGAGAUCUGCAGACAGAAGAGGUGGGUGUGCCUGGCUGUGGCCGUGCACCCAGCGUGCGCUGUAAGUUUUGCUUUGUGAUUAUCCCCUAUCAUCAUUUACUAAAACUCUUAAAAAUUUAAGAGGAGUGCACUUUGUUUCUGAUAUCAGUGAAGAAUCUUUUCCUAAUGUUCUGGCUGAACAUCCACUAAUGCAGCUUCAUUCCAUUUACACCAGUCCUAUCAGUGAUCCGUGGUCUCAGGAUUACAUAAAUUUCAGGAUUACCUGGUCCCAAGUGGAGAAUGUAGUACUUACUCUUGUAAUAUUUCAUACAAUUGGUGACUGCUCAGCUCUUCAGUAUCCAGAUCUCUCUGCAGGGCCUCUUUACCCUCAAGGGAAUCCACAAAUCCUCCUAGUUUAGUAUCAUCGGCAAGAUUACUUAAUUUUGGUUCCUACAUUUGAUUCCCCCAUUCAGAUGAUUUUUAAGAACAUUGAAGAUCAUUGGCUGUAAAACUGAGCCCCAGGGAGCCCCAGCGGUGGCAGGUCACCAGCCUGAUGUACACCCUUUGGCUGUAAUUUUUUGAGCCAUCAGCCAGCUGCUCACCCAGAGCCCUCUGGACUUAUCUCGCUGUGUGCUGGACAUUUUACCCUGGAGGUGAAGUGCUGAGGCCUGAACCAGGAUCCUUGAGCCUCAUUAACAAAGUGCUAUUAGCAAUAUGAUAUCAUUUUUUUGGUGAAACAUGUAUUCACCUUUCUGUAUUUAGAAUCUGGACAAGGCCAGGUCUGUUUUGGACUACAUCUAUUUUUUCUAUCUUUCCUUCUUCCUUUCUCCCUCUGCUUAAAAGUUCAAGUCACUGCUGCCACAGGCUGCCCAGAGAUGGCUGUUGCCACCUGUUGUUCAGAAAGGUUAAAUCUGCAGAAAUUCAGGCUGUUCAGAAAGGUUUGAGUUAUUGCUGCUACAGACUGUUAAACUGAUCAUACAGUUUUAAUUCCUGCAGCCUAUAAAUAAAACUUUCUAACUGA